AUGGGUUCCAUGAAUUCAAACAACUGGCUUUCUUUUCCUCUUUCUCCCACUAAUUCUUCCUUGCCAACACAUUUGCACUCUUCUCAAUCUCACCAGUUCAAUCUAGGGCUGGUGAAUGAUAAUAUGGAGAAUCCAUUCCAAGCGCAAGAAUGGAACCUGAUAAACACCCAUGAUACCAGUGAGAUUCCGAAGGUAGCAGAUUUCCUUGGAGUUUCGAAAUCCGAAAGUCCCUCGUUGGAUCUAGUGGCAUUCAAUGAAAUUCAUCAGGCAAAUGAUUCUGACUAUUCAUUUCAAAGCAACAGUAUUGUGCCGGUGCAAAACGCUGUUGUAGCUGCCAACAACAACUAUGAGUUCCAAGAAAAUGCUAACAAUUUGCAGUCACUGACAUUAUCUAUGGGUAGUGGCAAGGGUUCAACCUGUGAAACCAGCGGCGAAAAUAGUACUAAUACCGUUGAGGCUCCCCCUAGAAGAACCUUGGACACUUUUGGGCAAAGAACAUCCAUAUAUCGUGGCGUGACAAGGCAUAGAUGGACCGGAAGGUAUGAAGCUCACCUUUGGGAUAAUAGUUGUAGACGGGAAGGGCAAUCGAGGAAAGGAAGACAAGUCUACCUGGGUGGGUAUGACAAAGAAGAGAAAGCAGCUAGGGCUUAUGAUCUUGCUGCACUGAAGUACUGGGGAACAUCAACCACUACUAAUUUCCCGAUUAGUAAUUAUGAGAAGGAGCUGGAAGAAAUGAAGCACAUGACUAGACAAGAAUUUGUGGCCGCCAUUAGAAGGAAGAGCAGUGGUUUCUCAAGGGGUGCAUCCAUGUACCGUGGAGUAACAAGACAUCAUCAGCACGGCAGAUGGCAAGCGAGAAUCGGAAGAGUUGCUGGAAACAAAGAUCUUUACCUAGGAACUUUCAGUACUGAGGAGGAAGCUGCUGAAGCUUAUGAUAUUGCAGCAAUUAAGUUCAGAGGACUUAAUGCAGUCACCAACUUUGACAUGAGUCGCUAUGAUGUAAAAGCCAUACUUGAGAGCAAUACAUUGCCAAUUGGAGGAGGAGCUGCUAAAAGGCUAAAGGAAGCUCAAACGCUUGAAUCAUCAAGGAAACGUGAAGAAAUGAUAGCUCUGGGUUCAAGUUUCCAAUAUGGAAGCUCUAGCUCAAGCAGGUUACAGGCUUACCCUCUAAUGCAGACCCCAUUUGAGCAACCUCAACCAUUGUUAACUUUACAAAACCAGGACAUGUCUCCGUACGCUCAAGACACCUCAUCCUUUCACCAGAAUUAUAUUCAAACUCAGCUGCAACUGCACCAGCAAUCCGGGUCUUACUUGCACCAGCCGAGCCAGAAUUCUCAAUUUUACAACAAUCAUAUCCAAAACAAUCCGGCUUUGUUUCAUGGAUUGAUGGGCAUGUGCUGUUCAUCAUCGGUUGUGGAUAAUAAUGGAAGCUCAAAUGGGAGUUAUAGUGCAGGAUAUCUGGGGAACGGAAUAGGCAUGGCUUCCAACUCAACAGCAGGAAAUGCAGUGGGAUCAACAGAAGAACUAGCCCUGGUCAAGGUUGAUUAUGACAUGCCUUCUGGGGGCUAUGGCGGCUGGUCUGGGGACUCAGUUCAGGGCUCAAAUGCCGGAGUUUUCUCAAUGUGGAAUGACUAA